UUGCACAUGGCCAUCGUUGAUGGCACGCUUUUCCGAAAUGACACCGGUAGGGUUAGUUUUUAAACAGAAGCCCGUGUAUGGCACACUAGAGAACAAAUGUGGAAUAUCGCACAACUCAUCAGAUAGACCUCUGUGGGAGUCGCAGUCCCAGUUGAUAUGAUUAGCCAUACGGUCUGUGUAAGCAUGGAGGAAGAGUUUGUGUCCUUCCUCCAUGGUACGGUAUAAGUGUAACACAGAUCAUCCUACCGCCGGUCUGGUAGUAAGCGACCCUACAUGAGGGGAUUGAUUUUGGAGGCGAAGCCUAGCCUGAAUCAGAGACAGUCUGGAAAAUGACAGUAGUAACGUAAGGACCAGUGGAUAGAUUGGGAGCACAGCCACUUCCAUUGUGGUACCCCUCCCCCAUUAGAUAUCUCAGCACAGACCUCAACUAUUGAAGCAUGAUUGAUGUACGGCCAGUAUUGUCAUGCCUCAAGAUACGUAGGCCACAAAAGACCAAUGUUUAGCAACCCCAUCUAUAACUGCAGAGAGCAAUGCACAACCAGGGGAAAGACAGUGAUUUGUCACUGAAGGAGAGGCUGUACCUACCAGUUAAAGGGAGGUGUCUAGCCAGACAGACGCAGACAGUUCUAUUCCUGUGCCAGUACUGUGGCCAUGACUCAUUUGAUGUCAUUCUCGUCCAGACAGCAGCUGAUCAUGACGGAAAGUUGAACCUCGGAGGAAAGUGCAGAGAGGUCUCUAGUCCUCAGGAGACAGCAUGCCAGGGUUUAGAUCCAUCCCAAAGACUGGAUGCCCAAGUGGGUCUUGGUGGUGAUGUUGGACCCCUCGAUGAUGAGACUGUUGAAGUACCUUCUGUGGGACAAGCCAAGGGUGUUGAUGAGCUUUCUCCAGGAUAUGUUUGUCUUAGAUUGAAACACUCAGUGGCAAAAUUAAGUUUAGAGGAACCUGAAGAAAACACCAGUUCAGCAGGGAUUUCUGAAAUUGGUUUGAACAUGCAAUUACCUCCAGACCUUGAGGCCAGUUUGAAACAUUCCAAGGAUAUUGAUUGGCUGGCUCAACAGUGCCAGCUGCCUGCUAUCAUUGGAUCGGGAGGCCUCACCUGCUUCUCUGGACUGUGUACUGUCUUGAGGAGGAUUGUCAAGAAGGCACAUCAGAGACACCCGGAAAAGAAACUUGAAGCUCUUUUGGGCUUCAAUCAAGCCUGUCUCAAGAAAUGCUCAGAGGUCAGCCCCUGGACCAAAAUAUGUGAGGUUGACAUCUACCAGGACCUAGAAGUGAACAGUGCUCUCCCACAAGCAAUCCUAGAGCUGGAGAAACAACUGGCAAGCCCCACAGUCAUCUCCAGUAAACUUCUGGGCAAAGCAAAGAAGAAAAAGCAAGCUACGGUUGGUCGGCAGAGCGAGAGAGCCGAGCAAGGGGAGAUUCAGGAGUUGGAGUCGUUUUUCCACUCCAACUCCUUGCAUCUGGUGGACAAGCAUCAGAUAAAAAUUGCCAAGAGCUUGUACAAGGAGCAACUGAAAUCAGAGAUCUCGAAGAACUGUACAAAUUCAAGCUGUCGUCUCGUUUCAGGAGAUGAGCAACCUGGUAGUAUUUCCCUGGAAAGGAAUGGCUCAAGCAACGAACGACCCCGCUCGCAAAUGAAGAGAACUGGGCUUAAUACUUCUUCAGCUUGUAGCCGAUUCAUAACAUCACCUUGUAAGAAGAAAUCCGGUGUCACGGCUGGAUCUCCAGCACCUCCCAAGCACCUCUUUGCGCAAGGCCCCUACAUCACCCUUUGCGAUUUUGCACUCUUCCACAACCUGCACACCUUUCUUCAGAGCUGCAUGGAAGAAGGUAAGGGUCAUGACCCCUGUAGGGGUAUUCCACUUGUCUGUAGGUGGUACAAGAGGAUGUGGAAUGUGCCAAGCGUGAGGGAAUGUGCUUUACACUGUGGUUUGAAAGACUUCUUUUUUCCUGAGGAAAUCAUACUGAGUGACUACAUAGCAGAGGUCAAACCAGAGGUCACAAAUGAAGACAGCACUGGGAUAAUCGCAGACAAGAUAGAAGCUGUUCAAAUCAGUCGACUACCCAGUAUGAGGAAUCGUGUUCCAGAAAUCAUCAGAGAGUUACAAGUCAUUGGCAUCAAGAUCACCGUAGAUGACUUCCCUGUUGAGAAUAUCCAGCUUCCAUGGGACACCUUUCCAGAAUAUGUCAACCCUUCGAAAGAUGUGUCUGAAGAGAGAGCAAUGCGCAAGAGGCAGCAGAUAGAGAACUUGGUGGCAGCCGUCAAGAUGAUCACCAAAUCGGGAGACAUCAUAGUUGACUUCUGCAGUGGUGGAGGUCAUGUUGGAAUAGCUCUUGCACAUUGCCUACCAGACUGUCGCGUCAUCAUGGUGGAGAGCAAUGAGGAGUCAGUGAAACGUGUCGAGGCCAGGAUACAGGGCACCAGACCAAGCAACAUCUCCUUAUGCCAGUGCAAUUUGAACUACUUCACCGGCAGGUUUGACAUUGGGGUUUCCCUCCAUGCUUGUGGGGUUGCAACAGACAUGGUCCUGGAAAAGUGUCUCAGGAACAGAGCAGCAUUUGUCUGUUCUCCUUGUUGCUAUGGAUCUGCAAGGGACUCGCACCUCAUCAAGUACCCACGCAGCCAGCGCUUUCAGGGGUCAGCUUUGACCUACAGGGAUCAUCUAUUGGUCAGCCAUGUUGCAGAGCAGACUUCAAGAAGUUUUGAAAGUGAAAUGGCGAAGCAGGCUAAAGUCUGCAUGUCAAUUCUGGACACGGACCGUGCUGAGGCAGCUCGGGAGCAAGACUACCAUGUGGGGUUGUAUUCCAUGUGUCCCGCGACCUGUUCCCCCAAGAACAACCUCCUAGUGGGUAUGCCAUGCAUCAGUCGAAACAGUCUUGUGUAGGUGAUAGGCCUACUUCAGGAAGGCAAAGAUUUCAGACAUGGAUUUCAUACAUGAGUGGGUAUCCAGCUUGCUUAAGUAAUAUUUGAAUUUGACAACAUUUCAAAUGUUUGACCUACAACUGGAAAAGGUUGUUUGUUUAUUUCAAAUUUUACAGUUUUGUCAGCAGAUUGUGAAAUGCUGUUUUUUUAAAGUACUAGUGGCAAAUGUACGCUAUAAAAACCAGUUUGUACAGUUUGGUUGUGAAUUAUGUGCACGUACGUAUUGAAGUUACUUUGAGUUUACUUGAACUGUUUUGAAAAUUUGACAGAAAUAUUGUCUGCCUUUGAGGACUCCAAGUUCCUCUGUUGCUUGGCCCUGCUUUGUAUUGAUUCCAUUAGCUCAGUACUGUAAGGUCCUUACAGCAGUCCCUUGAUUUUCAACAAAUAUUCUUAGAACUUUAUUCUGGUUUGAAAAAAAGUUAUUUAAUUGAAAUAAUAUGUUGUAGACUAUUUCAUUAGUAGAACUUGUUUAGAGUCCAAUACAUUUGAAUUUCACCAAAUGUUCUUCCGGGGUUUCAUGUUUUUAGGAACAUUUUUCAGUAACAACCUUCUAGUGCAAUUUUUAAUGAGAACCUUUUAGCACAGUGAUUUGCAUUCUUUUUUGUCCUUGUAAUUCUCCUUAAAAGUUUAUGCAGAUUAGAUCUUGUUCAGUUUUUCUUCUAAAUUUGAAUAUUUCAGUUUUCCUGUAGCCAUGCACGUGUGCUUACAUUUUGUGCAAAUGAUUGAUACCAACAUUAAAUAAAUAAACAAAUAUGCACUUUCAGUGCUGUUUUUGUUGAUUAUGAUCCAUGCUAUUGAGCAUAAUAUUUGUAUAUUUUCAAUGCAAAUUAUUUCAUUCUUCCCUUUUUACCAACAAAACAGAAUUAUAGCAACUCAUUAAUCAGCCAUACAAUAUUAGUGUUAAAGUAUCUUCAUUUAAUCUAAACAAAUUAAUGUUAUCCAAAAGUGGAAUUUCCUAGUCCAUUCCUCAUAAUGUUUUCCCUUGAUUAUGCAAAGUUUGACAGGUCGUACAUGUCACAAAAAGGUUAGAUUAUUUCAAUUCAAGUUUACAGUCCAAAGUUUGUUCUUAUAUUGAGAGGGGCUCUUGAAACAACAAUUUCAUCUCUCUCACAAAAAAUAGGAUUAAGAUUACAAACGACAUGGGCUACGAGGUUUAAAAAAGAAAAGACACUUCAUGGCCAUGACAUGAUGUUGUUUUACUACAAACCUUGAAAUUGCACCUUUUUGCCACUUUAAUCUGUAUUUUGGAGCCUUUUAUGCUCAUGCAAAUUUGCAAAAUCCUGAGCAAACCCAUGAUAUCAACCCAGGCACUGAACUUCCAAAAUGCAUUAUCUGUGCACAAAAACCUAUGGAAUUGUUUUACAUUUUUGUUGUAAAUUUGCAUUUCUUUGGUAAUUUUUGUUGUAUAAAUAUAUGGCAAUAAGGCAAGCUUUUCUCAGAAAUGCUCGAAAGCAAGUAUGGGGUAAAACAUGAAUACCGAAUAGUGUCUUCCCUGAUUUACAUCACAGGAACAGUGCCCUUGCUUGUCCAAAAAAGCUCCGAAUAUUUAAAAUGUUUCAAAAAGCUCUUUUAAAUACACGUAACUCUAAAAAGAGUUCAGCUGUUUCAUACAUUGAAGAUGAGUACAAAGGUACACAGAGAGUGAGUCUAAGAAGAAUAGAUCGCAUGGAUUCUUUAGAAAUACAUUUUUCGAAAGUUAACCACUGCACAACUGAAGCUAGCUUAUUUUGCCUCAAGGGACAAGGCGGAAAGGUGUACUUUUGUUUAUGACGAGUCUCUCGGAAAUAGAUAUUUGUCGUUUUACUGUAAAAUAAUCACAUUAUCAUUCAACCUAUAAAAUCUUUUUACUUCUGUACAAGAAAAGUUAGCGUUCAAACAUUCAUUUGUUAAAAUGGUUCACACCAUAUACUGCACAGUUAAUAUAAGUAGUAAUUGACACAAUAAAGUAUGAUAAAAAAUGGUCAAGAACA